AUGAAACCUGCUUAUCAGAGGUUUUAUGUCACAGAAAGAAUACAAGAAAUAUGCAGAGAUACACUUGGAACACUCUAUAACGUAGAUUUAGCCUAUGUUACUCAGUAUAUUUUCCGAAUUUGCAAAAUAACAGACAUGAUUUCACGAGAAGAUAAAAGAAAUAAGAUUGCUCUUCAAUCUCAUUUAGAGAAAUAUCGCAAAGAGAUUAUUCCAAAUCUAAACGAUCCUGAAUUUCAACAAGCAAUCAUCAAUGCAAUUAUAAAAGCUCGCAUUUUUAGUAGAGGAGCACAUCCAAAUCCUGAAGAUCCUAACCGAGUCACUGAAACACAAGUUUCUACUAAUGAUAGUAAAAAUGAUAACCAAAAUCAAACAAAAACUAACCAAGAUAAUAGUAACGAUUCAAAAACCGAGAAUAGAGAUCAAGAAACUGAACCUAAGAAUACUAACAAAGAAACAAAUAUCGAAAAUACACAACAUCCUAAAGAACCUCAAAGUUCCAACAGGGCUUUUAAGCCUAUUAAUAGACCAAAAUCAAGGAACUCUCGAAAUUCUAGUAAUGAAAUCAAGAAUUAA